CUCCCAUCCCUCUCUUCGUCUUCUUCCCGCGCCGGCGCAGUUCAGCGAAGUUCAGCGCGGAGUAGGCAUGGCGGAGUCUAAGCGGCAACUCGUGGCUCGGCGGGUCCGGAGCUUCCCAGAUUUCCCGAAGCCCGGGAUCUUAUUCCGGGACAUCAGCCCUUUGUUGAAGGACCCAGAAGCCUUCAGGGCUUCCAUUGAACUUCUGGCCGAUCAUCUGAAAGAAAAUCACAAGACCAAGAUCGACUACAUUGCGGGCUUGGACGCUCGCGGCUUCCUGUUUGGGCCCUCCCUGGCCCAGAAACUGGGCAUCGGCUUUGUGCUGAUCCGCAAGCGCGGGAAGCUGCCGGGACCCACCAUCUGUACCAGCUACUCUCUGGAGUACGGCCAGGCAGAAUUGGAGAUGCAGGAAGACGCCAUCGAGCCAGGCAAGAAGGUGGUCAUUGUGGACGACCUGAUGGCCACUGGAGGUACCAUGGGAGCCGCCUGCAAGCUGCUGCGCAGCCUGAAGGCCGACGUGCUCGAGGCCCUGACGCUGGUGGAGCUGACAUCCCUGCGGGGCCGAGAGAAGCUGGCCCAGGUACCCUUCUUCUCCCUGCUGCAGUACGACUGAGGACAGGCCCUCCCUCUGGCCAUUGCCCAGCGAUGACAACAUGGACUGUGGGCUGCCCCAGAGGAGCCCGGGCUCUCCAGAGAAGAGCUCUCUGGGUCCUGGAGGGUCCUGCCACGCUCUUGACUUUGUGCUUAGAAUUCCCUGGACCUGCCAGCCCGGCUCCAGGGACCUGUGCCAGACGUCCCUGGCCUCUAGAGCGCAGUGGGAGGCACCUGGUGGGUCCCCCACAUUGUGCCAAACCAGACUGGCGGCCUGAGUGAAGCAGAGGCCCCUGGAGGCAGCUUUGUAGGUGCUUCCUGUGGAGGGCCUGUCCGGCCUUGGGGUGCGCUGCCUGCCAAGGAUGAGGGACUUGGUGCCAGUCUACGAGGGAGACAAACCCCCUGGAGGGCCCUUUGAGAGGGAACAGUCGCUGGGAGCCCCUUCUUUGUAUCUGAUUAAAGAACUUCGUUCAGAA